AUGAAGUCUUCUCGGAACCGCCCAGGGCUCGAGUCCCGUCUCCACAGCAUCAAUGAUGCCUCCAAUUCCCUCCUUUCCCCCUCCGCCGCGAAUGGCAUCUCCGAUGACCCCUUCUCACUUGACACCACCGACGAUCCCUUGAAUACAACCUCUCCUACUCAUAAUAUGAUCGAUGCUCCCCCGUUCGGCGACUUUUCCUUCUCCUACCACGACCUUCAAGACUCUUCAGUCAUGGUAAACCUGGACUCGCCGAACUUUGACCGCCGCGGUUCUGAGCAGUUCUCUCCUCAGCGCACCAAGGGCGCCGAUAAUGACGCCGACCUUGCUGUCGCGACUACAUCCUUUGCCCUUGCCCCCGCCGAGUCUGUCGUCAGGCGGUCUAGUGUCAUCAAUGUUGAAGAUGAUGAGGACGAAAAUAUGCAGGACCGCAAUUCUCCUGGUGCUAACUCUCUCGAGGAAUCUGUGGCUGACGAGUUCGGGUUGUCGGUGACCGGAAGGUCGGAGCGAUCAGAACCCGCUGAGGCCGGACACAGGUCUAAGGAGGACAAGGGUGAUACGGCUCCCCCUUGGAGUGAGUUGAAGACGAAGGCUGGCAAGGAGCGCAAGAGAUUACCGCUUGCCUGUAUAGCUUGCCGACGGAAGAAGAUUCGCUGUUCAGGGGAGAAGCCUGCCUGCAAGCACUGCCUUCGCUCUAGAAUACCUUGCGUUUACAAAGUUACUACCCGCAAGGCCGCGCCUAGGACCGAUUACAUGGCGAUGCUCGACAAGCGGUUAAAGCGUAUGGAGGAGAGGAUCAUCCGUAUCGUCCCCAAACCCGAGCAGGAGUCGGUUGCCUCUUCCGUUACCCGAGCCGUCGUGAAACCUGCAAUCCCCGGAUCCUUGCCGACUUCUAAAAACCCAUCCAAGAAGCGAGGAGCGGAGGAAGCGUUUGGCCAUGACCUCGAUAAGUGGUCCAGGACGACGGGUAAGGCUAAAACGGAUGGCUCCACGAAGCCUGCACCUUUGCAAAUGCAAGAGAACGAAGAGAAUAAGCUUUACGUCGAAGGCAUCGAGGCGCUUCCACCCAAGGACAUUCAAGAGCAUCUAGCUGAGGUAUUCUUCGAAAACAUCUAUGGUCAGGCCUAUCAUAUCCUCCAUAAACCGAGUUAUAUGAGAAAGCUAAGAGCUGGUACUCUCCCGCCUGUCCUUGUCCUUUCCGUAUGCGCUAUUUCGGCGCGCUUUUCAACCCACCCAAAACUUGGUUCGACACCGAAUUUCCUUAGGGGCGAAGAGUGGGCCGCCCGGGCUCGAGAUAUCUGCGUCGAGCGCUACGAAUGGCCAAACAUCACCAUCCUCACCUGUCUCAUGAUUCUUGGUCUUCAUGAGUUCGGUACAUGUCACGGAGGUCGCAGCUGGGCACUUGGUGGCCAGGCAAUUCGGAUGGCCUUUGCACUCCAGCUACACAAAGACCUCGAGCAUGAUCCGCUGAGAUUCAACGGCCAGUCCGAACUCAGCUUUGUAGAUCGUGAGAUCCGCCGCCGGACAAUGUGGGCAUGCUUCCUCAUGGAUCGCUUGAACUCGUCUGGCACCGACCGGCCCAUGUUUGUCAGGGAGGAGACGCUCAAGAUCCCACUGCCCGUUAAGGAGCAGUACUUCCAGCUCGACAUGCCCGCGUCGACCGAGACUCUCAACGGUAAGGUGGUGCAUCCGCUCGGCGGAGAGGAGGAUAACCUCGGAGACCCGAAGAAGAACAUGGGUGUGGCCGCAUACAUGGUCCGCGCGAUUGCCUUGUGGGGAAGGAUCAUCAAUUACCUGAACCAAGGAGGCAAGGAGCAGGAUCCCCAUCCAUUCUGGAACUCCGAGUCCGAAUAUGCUAAACUCACGAAGCAAGCUGAUGAUAUGAUCGAGAUUCUACCCGAGUCUCUCAAGUAUUCUGCCGACAACCUCCAGCUCCACAGCACCGAGAACAUGGCCAACCAGUUCCUCUUCCUGCACAUUGCUAUCCAGCAAAACAUUCUCUUCAUGAAUCGUGUCGCGGUUGCGUCCCCGCCGGCGACUGGCAAAGCUGAAGUACCAAAGGCUUUUGUCACAAACGCGGGAACGAAGACGUUCGCUGCCGCUAACCGUAUCUCAGAGCUGCUCAAGGACGCCGAGUCGUACUUCGUCACUGCGCCAUUUGUCGGUUAUUGUGCCUUCUCUUCCAGCACGAUCCACAUUCUGGGCAUCUUUUCUGGAAAUCCGGCGAUGGAGGCCACCUCGAAGAGGAACCUGGCAACCAACGUCAAGUUCCUGUCCAAGAUGAAGAGAUAUUGGGGAAUGUUCCAUUGGAUGUCGGAGAACCUGCGUGAGCAGUACAGGACCUACGCGGACGCAGCUCGCCAGGGCAGUAACACCAACGAGAACUCGACCGCGUCGCCCAUCUUCCAGUACGGAGACUGGUUCGACCGAUAUCCACACGGCGUUUCCCAGUGCGACUUCGUUGAUCCCGCUUCGUACAAGAAGCGAGACAAGGGCGAAGAAGCAGUGUUGGAGCAAAAGCCUGAGUUGCACACAGUCGAAGAAUUCUUCACGACGCUGUCCCCUCCGCAGAGCUCCGAAACGGGCUCCAACGGCAAGGGCGGAGCGGCUUUGAAGAAGAAGCAGCCGCUCGCGAAGAAGGGCUCCAUUAGCGCGCAGCGACCCGAGCAGCAACAGCAGCAGCAGCAGACAGAUGGGCUGAUGAGUGAAUUCCAGAGCCGCGCACAAUCUACCGAGCCGCUCAGUGCUCGCCUUCAACACCAGCGAAAUUUCUCGGGGGCUCUGGGCGGCCAAACCAGUGGCCCGGCCGGAUUCAACCCGCUUUCAAUCCCCCAUUCUCAGGCAGCCUCAUCGUUCCACGCACUCUCUCCCGUGAGCCCGGUUGUUGGCGGAUAUGGUCAUCACGGACCCCAUAAUCCGGCGUCAUUUUAUGCUCCGGACCUGCUUUCCAUGGGCCUCUCUCAGCAGGCAGUUAAUAGCAUGAUCCAGCCUCUCGACCGCCAAAUGGUAUUCGGCGCGUAUUCAAUGGACCCCGGUCUGACCAAUGGUGGGCCGCUAUUGGAUGGUGUUGACUGGGAACGGUUCGCGCGUCAAGCCCGUGGUCUCCCCGAGGGCCACCCUGCUCGGCGCCGCAUUCCCGGACGACUCAACCUCAACGGCGGCCUGGCCGGGGCUGCGGCCGCUCGCCAAAAUAUCGAGACCAUGGCGGGAUUCGGGCAGGAGGCAUCCUCGGCGUGGUUUAUGCCUUUCAACAUGGAGCCUCCAGAGCUUGGCCACGACCUCGGUAUGGGCAUGAGCAACCUUGACAGCCUCACCAGCAUGUUUGGCGGGGGUAGCAUGGCAGCUUCCAGCCCAACUGGCAUGAACGGACUCCGACACGGACAUUAA